UAGUUUCCGUCUAGAUUAAUCGAGUCGGUGCAGACCUGUCAGACGUUAAAUUUCAUUUCAUUUAAUUUAACCAUAGUUUAUGUAUAUCUACUGAAAUGGAUUAAUGAAUUUGAUAUCAGGUAUAUGUUAGAGAUAUUCUACAAUUAAUAACGAUGAGUUUAUGGAUGAAAUUCCCCUGAUGUGUGGUGAAAGUUUUGAAAUGGAUGAAAACGACCAGCUCAUGCGCGAGCGUAAAAAUCGUUAUGGGCGACAUAAAGGUGUUGGUUACUUCCUGUCUGAGGGCUGGUGGAAUAUGUGUGGAAGUUGUUGGAGUCGGCUGUUCAGAAGUUGUUGUGGAGAGAAGGAAUAUAAAGAUCGUACCAUAAAUAUCGGCAUGGCAACUGGACAUCAACCAAAAUAUACCAAAAAUGUUGUUAGAAAUCAGAAAUACAGCGUUAUAACGUUUAUUCCAAAGGUGUUAUUUGAACAGUUCAAGUUUUUUUUAAAUCUGUAUUUUUUAAUAAUGGCUACGUCCCAGUUUCUUCCUGCCAUAAGAAUUGGAUACCUCUACACCUAUUGGGGCCCUUUGUGUUUUGUAUUAUUUGUAACCAUGUGUCGUGAAGCACUGGAUGAUUAUAGACGUUACCGUAGAGACAAGGAAGCUAACUCUCAGGUGUACAAAAAGCAGACGCGAGAUGGUAUUGUGAGUGUUCCGAGUUCGAAUAUACGUGUAGGAGAUUUAAUAGUAGUAGAAAAGAAUCAGCGUGUACCAGCUGACAUGGUGUUGAUACGAACAACAGAAAAAGAUGGUGGAUGUUUUAUACGAACAGAUCAACUGGAUGGAGAAACAGAUUGGAAAUUACGUUUAGCUGUUCCAACGACACAACGUCUCCAAUCAAAUGCUGAAAUUUUAGAUAUUUGUGGUAAUAUUUAUGCUGAAAAACCACAAAAAGCCAUCCAUAGUUUUAUUGGUACAUUCUCUAGGACUGAUGGAACUAUCUGUGAAGAUUCGUUGAGUAUAGAGAAUACGCUAUGGGCUAAUACCGUGGUUGCAUCUGGUACAGCUUUAGGGCUAGUGAUAUACACUGGUAGAGAAACUCGGGCUGUAAUGAAUACAUCAAAACCCCAGAGCAAGACCGGGUUAUUGGAUCUGGAGAUCAACACAUUAACUAAAUUAUUAUUUUGUGCUGUCAUUGUUUUAGCUAUUGUCAUGAUGAUACUCAAGGGUUUUAAUGGUCCAUGGUAUCGUUAUUUGUUUAGAUUCAUCUUAUUGUUCUCAUAUAUCAUACCAAUCAGUUUGCGUGUAAAUUUAGAUAUGGGUAAAGCUGUGUAUUCGUGGAUGAUCCAGAGAGAUAAAUUAAUUCCUGGUACAACUGUUCGUAGUUCUACGAUACCAGAAGAACUAGGACGUAUUACAUAUUUACUGUCCGAUAAAACUGGUACAUUGACCCAGAACGAAAUGAUCUUUAAAAAACUUCAUCUUGGUACGGUGGCUUUUACAGCAGACACAAUGGAUGAGGUGACUGCUCAUCUACGAACAGCGUAUUCACAGCAAGCUGGUAGUACCGGGGGCGCAAUGACCCCAAUUAAAUCUGGACCUGUCAGACGUACUGUAGUAACUCGUGUUGUCGAAGCAGUGAAAGCUAUAGCUUUAUGUCAUAAUGUCACGCCAGUUUACGAAGACGUAACUAAUAACGAUACGUCACAUGAAACAGAGGCUGAUCAACAAAUUCAACAGAAAGUCACAUAUCAAGCGUCGAGUCCUGACGAGGUGGCGUUAGUAUCAUGGACAGAAGAUGUGAGUUUGACGCUUGUAAAACGUGAUUUUAAUACGAUGACAUUGCGUACACCAUCUGGUGCUAUGGUAACCUAUCAAAUAUUACAGAUCUUCCCAUUUACCUCGGAGAGUAAAAGAAUGGGGAUUAUUUUAAAGGAGGAAGAAAGUGGAGAAAUCUAUUUUUAUAUGAAAGGUGCUGAUGUUGUGAUGCAGUCAAUAGUUCAAUAUAAUGAUUGGUUGGAAGAAGAGUGUGGUAAUAUGGCAAGAGAAGGUUUAAGAACUUUAGUUGUUGCCAAAAAAACACUUUCUGAAGAUCAGUAUCAGGAUUUUGAGUCGCGUUAUCAUCAAGCAAAGAUGAGUAUUCAAGAUCGUAACGCCAAGAUGCAGGCAGUUAUCGAGAGUUUAGAACGAGAUAUGGAGCUGUUGUGUUUAACAGGAGUAGAAGAUAAAUUACAAGACGGAGUCAGACCAACUUUAGAAUUACUGAAAAAUGCUGGAAUUAAGGUUUGGAUGUUGACAGGAGAUAAGAUGGAAACUGCUACAUGCAUCGCCAAAAGUUCAAAACUUGUUUCACGUACACAAGAUAUCUACACAUUUAACAAAGUCACAGAUAGAACGGAAGCUCAUCUAGAAUUAAACGCAUUACGUAGAAAAAAUGAUGCUGCUUUAAUUAUUACUGGAGAUUCAUUACAGAUAUGUUUAAAGUAUUACGAGCACGAGUUUGUUGAGUUAGCGUGUCAAUGUCCAGCUGUAGUUGUAUGUCGCUGUUCACCAACACAGAAAGCAGAAAUAGUUAAAUUACUCCGAGUUCAUACUGGAAAAAGAACGUCGGCCAUAGGUGAUGGAGGAAAUGAUGUCAGUAUGAUACAAGCAGCUGAUGCUGGGAUAGGAAUUGUUGGAAAGGAAGGUAAACAGGCAUCUCUAGCGGCUGAUUUCUCUAUUACACAGUUCAGCCAUAUUGGUAGAUUAUUGAUGGUUCAUGGUAGAAAUAGUUAUAAAAGAUCUGCAUCAUUGAGUCAGUUUGUUAUUCAUCGAGGUUUGAUUAUCACCGUCAUGCAGGCUGUGUUCGUUUCUGUGUUUUAUUUUGCUUCCAUCGCUCUCUUCCCAGGGUUUUUAAUGAUAGGAUAUGCGACUGUAUAUACCAUGUAUCCUGUCUUCUCAUUAGUAUUAGAUAAAGAUGUGUCGGCAGCCAUCGCCAUGACGUAUCCAGAAUUGUAUAAAGAACUCACAAAGGGUCGGUCUUUAUCAUUUAAAACUUUCUUUUUAUGGGUUUUAAUCAGCAUAUACCAAGGGGGAAUAAUCAUGUAUGGUGCUUUACUUCUGUUUGAAGAAGAUUUUGUUCAUGUUGUUUCCAUCACUUUUACGUCAUUAAUUUUAACGGAAUUAUUAAUGGUUGCCUUGACGAUACGAACUUGGCAUUAUUUAAUGAUUGUAGCAGAAAUCUUCAGUCUGGGAAUCUACAUAGCUUCAUUGGCUGUUCUCAGAGAUUAUUUUGACACAGAUUUUCUCCAAACGUGGAACUUUGUGUGGAAAGUUUUAGUUAUAACUUCAGUCAGCUGUAUUCCCCUUUAUGUUCUCAAAUAUCUUCGUAAAAAAUUCUCGCCUCCGGUAUAUUCAAAACUUACCCCUUGAAAACAGUGUGUUAUAUAUUAAAUCCUUUUCUGUAAAGAUGCAUUAUGUAAGAUUUAGAUAAAGAGAUGGUCGUUCUCGCUAUAAUAGAUUCCCAGGUUGUACAUGACAAGGAGUAGGUUCGCCUGUCCAACCUCGUGUGUAUUCUCCGGGUCCUCCGGUUUCCUCCCAUUGCUAAAGACCUCUAUGCGCACAAGUGAAUUAUUGAAAUAAAAUUGAACCAUAUGUUAGUCCCGAAAUUACCUAUUUGUGUGAGUGGAAUUAAACGCUCUCUCUCUUUCUCCCUCAUAGUUGAAAAGUAGAUAAUAAAGUAGAGAAUUUCAGUCAGAUUACUUUUUUCUGAGCGAAGUUAUGGCUGUUAAAAGUUUGACUAGAUAGCCUUGAUUGUCAAGUACCAUUGCUAAUAUAAUAACCAGUCUUGAUUAUCCAUUUUAUUAUUAAAUUGUGCAAUGAAGAGAUGGUUCGAAUCAAUUCAAUAUCUAAACCAUUCGAUGAUCUAGUGAGUUGAAUAUUGGCUUGCCGAGGGAAUAAAUGUCUAAAUAAUAGUUUGUAUAACAUUGUUUGAAAAGCUAGAAAAAAUACCUGCAAUGGGUAAAUUUAGUUCUUACAUGAUGCAUCUUUGAUACACAGUAAACUUUGCAUAAGUCGGAUUUGGUCAGUCGACUUAAAUCUGACUUAUGUGAAGAUUACUGAAACUCAUUGCAUGUUUUAGACAUGAGUGUAAAAUAGAUUUUAGUUUGUGGUGUUGUCCUGAUUCAACUUGAUUUACCUUGAUUUACCGCACUUCAUAACAAACUCUUCUUUCUUAUUUUACCUGACUUUUGAGUGAUUUAAAUUCCUGUUGUCUGCUAAAUAUAUUUUAUUAACUUAAGUCACGAAAAAAAAAACCUGUGCUAAUUAAAACAUUGUAUUUAUAAUAUAUCCUACAAUCUAAUGGGGUGAGCAGAACAGUAGGACGUUAAACUCCAUUUCAUUUCUAAUGGGGUGUUACAUUUUAAAGAUUUUCUGAUUCAUAAGUAUUAAAAAAUGGAAGUGAAACUUUGUGUUCUGGAAAGUUUAAACGUGUUACAUUUUAAAGAAAUUUAAAGAUUUUCUGAUUAAAAAAAUAUUUUUAAAAAAUGGAAGUGGAACUAGGUGUUCUGGGAAGAUUAAGUAUACACUGCCACAUACACGACACACACCGGUAUGGUCUAAAGUAUUCUGUGUUUAGGAAUAAGCGGCUUGGUGGCAAUAUUGAGUCUUGAUUCUGAUAAAUCAUGAUCUAAUAAUGAUAGUAUAGUAUUUACCAUAAACCAUCUCAACCAUAAGGUUGUUUUCUAACAUAAAUUCACUUUACAUAUGUACAGAUAUUAGAACUAUAUAACCUUAGUGGUACUAAAAUACUUGAACUUCACAAUCACAAGGGCGUGUGCAGAAAAAUAAUCGCAGGGGUGGGAGAGGGACUGUUCCGGCGUGACUGACCAUAGAAACUUGAGGUGGGUAAGGGGGUUCCCAUUAUCUAGACAUUUUUAUUUCAACCAAUUUGAAUGUAAAUUAAUGUUGAUUUAUGUAAAAACACUACAAAAUUAACUUUUAUGUAAUGUAAGGGUUAAAACUUUGAAAUACUGAAUUCUACCACAUGCCACAACAUGUUUGUUUAUAUGGCGUCAUUUGUAUUGUCAGUCAGUAUUGUCCCCAAUUGAACUGUACAGGAAAUUAUUUUCCUAUAUACCCCAGUAAGUAGAAUCGUGAUGAGGUAAUCAGAUUGGUUUCUGCUUAAUUAGUAUAUUCACCGUCACCCAGAAUUCUGUUGUUUACCGGAUUCAGUGGGUUAAAUCCAGUACUCCAGGUAUGAUUUAAUAGUAUAUUAUAAUCUCAUAAACAAUUAAAAAAACCCAGUAUCUCAUAAGAUAGAUAUUCAGCUAAAUUUGAUCUGUCAAUGUAUUAGGAUGUAGGCCUAAUAUUCUAAAUUUCAGCUGUCAAUUAUAAGCCUGUAUUAGGAUGUAAUAUUCACCUAUAUUUAAGCCGUGAACAGCCCAUCAAUACCUCUGUAUUGCUAUUCACCUAUACUUGAGCUGUGAACAGUCCAUCUAUACUUCUGUAUUACUGUUUACCUGUAUUUGAGCUGUAAACAGUCCAUAAUCUUGUUUUAAGAUGUAAUAUUUGAGCUGUAAACAGUUUAUCUAUUUGAGCUGUAUGUCUGUAUUAUUACAAUCAGCUAUAUUUUUUAUGUUAAAAAUGUUGUACAUAUUAUUUAUGUAAGAGUUUACAUUAUUUAUAAAAAAUUAUGCCAUAAUGUUGUAUUUCAUAAACAGCUUGUUCAAUAAAUUAUCAAAUUCUUCAAGAACUUCUCUCAUUAAUUAG